CAUAAAACUACAGCGUCUGGCCUGGAGCGGUCGGUGCUGAGUUUGUGCUGCAGGUCCGGGUCCUGCCGCUGGAUUCCCCCCUCAUCGAUUAUCAUCCGGGAAGGGUAAAAGUCGAAUGGUCCGUUUUUUGUAACUGGGACAUAAAACACUAAAAAUUAUUGAGAGAAGCCUUCGCACCCUUCUCUCUCCCCGCUGCAUGUCUAAUAUUUAGACAUGUUGAGCUUUAUGGAUUCCAGGACUGUACUGCUUCUUAUAGCAUCCCAAGUUUGUCUAUUAGCCGUUGUGAGAUGUCAACUGGAAGAUGACCAGGAGGAUGCUUCUGCCUGUAGGCACGAAGGACAGCUUUAUAACGACAAGGACAUAUGGAAACCAGAGCCUUGUCGCAUCUGUGUGUGUGACACGGGAACGGUUCUGUGUGAUGACAUUGUCUGCGAGGAGCUAAGAGACUGCCCCAAACCUGAAAUCCCAUUUGGAGAGUGUUGCCCCAUCUGCCCUGCUGACCAGCCGCCACCGUUUGGUGGAGGACCAGGAGCCAAGGGUCAGAAGGGUGAACCUGGAGACAUUACAGAUGUUGUAGGACCAAGAGGACCAUCCGGCCCCAUGGGCCCACCAGGAGAGCAAGGACCCCGAGGACCAAGAGGAGAAAAAGGAGAGAAGGGGAGCCCCGGUCCUCGUGGCAGAGAUGGUGAACCUGGCACCCCUGGAAACCCUGGACCCCCCGGGCCUCCAGGACCUAAUGGACCCCCUGGACUUGGUGGAAACUUUGCUGCUCAAAUGACCAGCGGUUUUGAUGAGAAGGCCGGAGGCGCACAGAUGGGUGUGAUGCAAGGACCAAUGGGGCCCAUGGGACCGAGAGGACCACCUGGGCCCUCAGGAUCACCUGGCCCACAAGGUUUCCAAGGCAGCCCAGGAGAGGCUGGAGAGCCUGGACAAUCUGGCCCCAUGGGUCCCCGUGGCCCCUCCGGACCUCCUGGAAAACCCGGAGAUGAUGGUGAACCAGGUAAACCAGGGAAACCAGGUGACCGUGGACCCACCGGACCUCAGGGAGCUCGUGGUUUCCCAGGAACUCCUGGUCUGCCAGGCAUCAAGGGACACAGAGGUUAUCCAGGUCUUGACGGUGCAAAGGGAGAAACUGGUGCUGUUGGUGCGAAGGGUGAGGCCGGUGCUCCCGGUGAGAGCGGCGCUCCUGGACCCAUGGGACCUCGUGGUUUGCCUGGGGAGAGAGGACGUCCCGGAUCCACUGGAGCUGCUGGUGCACGUGGAAACGAUGGCUUGCCUGGUCCUGCUGGUCCUCCAGGCCCUGUUGGUCCAGCUGGAGCUCCAGGCUUCCCCGGAUCUCCUGGUACAAAGGGUGAAGCUGGUCCUACUGGCGCUCGUGGUCCCGAAGGAGCCCAGGGGCCCCGUGGAGAGUCAGGCACUCCUGGAUCACCUGGACCCUCUGGUGCUUCUGGUAACCCUGGCACUGAUGGUAUCCCUGGAGCUAAAGGUUCAGCAGGUGCUCCAGGUAUCGCAGGUGCUCCUGGUUUUCCUGGACCUCGUGGGCCUCCUGGACCUCAGGGAGCAACUGGACCUCUUGGGCCAAAAGGAACAUCUGGAGAUCCAGGAAUCCCCGGAUUCAAGGGGGAAGCGGGACCAAAGGGAGAAAUUGGACCAGCUGGACCUCAGGGAGCCCCUGGCCCUCAAGGAGAAGAAGGCAAGAGAGGACCCAGAGGUGAGCCUGGUUCUGCUGGACCUCUUGGACCUCCAGGAGAAAGAGGAGCUCCUGGCAACCGUGGUUUCCCUGGUCAGGAUGGUCUGGCUGGUCACAAGGGAGCCCCAGGUGAGCGCGGACCCCCUGGGGCCAGCGGUGCCAAAGGAGCCACUGGUGACCCUGGCCGUCCUGGAGAGCCUGGUCUUCCUGGUGCAAGGGGUCUGACUGGUCGUCCUGGUGAUGCUGGACCUCAGGGCAAAGUUGGGCCUUCUGGAGCUCCAGGUGAGGACGGACGUCCAGGACCCCCCGGCCCUCAGGGAGCCAGAGGACAGCCUGGUGUCAUGGGGUUCCCUGGACCCAAAGGAGCAACUGGUGAAUCUGGCAAAUCUGGUGAGAAAGGACUGGCUGGAGCUCCUGGUCUGAGAGGUCUGCCCGGAAAAGAUGGAGAAACGGGCGCGGGUGGACCCCCUGGCCCUGCUGGCCCCGCUGGGGAGAGAGGAGAGCAAGGACAGCCUGGUCCCUCUGGUUUCCAGGGUCUUCCAGGACCUCCUGGCCCUCCCGGUGAGGGAGGCAAACCGGGAGACCAGGGCGUUCCAGGAGAAGCUGGAGCUGCUGGUGCCACUGGACCCAGAGGAGAGCGUGGUUUUCCGGGAGAGAGAGGAGCUGCUGGAACGCAAGGUUUGCAGGGACCCAGAGGUCUUCCUGGGACUCCUGGAACUGACGGUCCCAAGGGAGCCAUUGGACCUGCUGGAGGUCCAGGAGCUCAGGGUCCACCAGGCCUGCAGGGUAUGCCAGGAGAGAGAGGAGCUGCUGGCAUUCCUGGACCCAAAGGAGACAGGGGUGAUGUUGGAGAGAAAGGACCUGAAGGUGCUCCUGGCAAAGAUGGCGCCAGAGGUCUUACUGGUCCAAUUGGUCCUCCUGGUCCUGGUGGUCCAAAUGGCGAGAAGGGUGAAUCUGGACCUGCUGGACCAUCUGGACCUGCUGGUGUUCGUGGUGCACCUGGAGACAGAGGAGAGACUGGACCUCCUGGGCCUGCUGGGUUUGCUGGACCUCCUGGAGCCGAUGGUCAGCCUGGAACCAAAGGAGAGCAGGGAGAAGCAGGACAGAAGGGAGAUGCUGGAGCCCCUGGACCCCAAGGACCAUCCGGUGCCCCUGGCCCUUCGGGUCCUACAGGUGUUUCUGGACCUAAAGGUGCUCGUGGUGCCCAGGGUCCUCCUGGUGCCACUGGUUUCCCUGGAGCUGCUGGGCGAGUUGGACCUCCUGGCCCCAACGGUAAUCCUGGACCCGCAGGUCCUGCUGGCCCUCCUGGUAAAGACGGACCAAAAGGAGUGAGAGGAGACGGUGGACCUCCAGGCAGACAGGGUGACGCUGGACUACGCGGUCCUGCAGGAGCUCCAGGAGAGAAGGGCGACCCUGGAGAGGACGGUCCCCCUGGUCCGCUAGGUCCCUCGGGUCCUCAGGGAUUGGCUGGUCAGCGCGGUAUUGUUGGUCUACCCGGGCAGAGAGGUGAAAGGGGUUUCCCUGGUUUGCCUGGGCCUUCUGGCGAGCCUGGAAAGCAGGGUUCUGCUGGUGGUCCUGGAGACCGUGGACCGCCUGGACCAGUCGGACCUCCUGGGCUCACUGGUCCUGCUGGAGAACCUGGUAGAGAGGGCAACCCUGGAUCUGAUGGACCUCCUGGUAGAGAUGGUUCUCCUGGAAUUAAGGGUGACCGUGGCAACACCGGUCCUGCUGGUGCUCCUGGUGCUCCAGGUGCUCCUGGGGCUCCCGGCCCAGUCGGUCCCACUGGAAAACAGGGAGACAGAGGGGAGUCUGGUGCCCAAGGACCAGCUGGACCUCCAGGACCUGCCGGUGCCAGAGGAAUGCCUGGACCCCAAGGCCCCCGUGGUGAUAAGGGUGAAGCUGGAGAGUCUGGUGAGAGAGGUCAGAAGGGGCACAGAGGUUUCACCGGUCUGCAGGGUCUCCCUGGACCACCAGGUCAACCUGGAGACCAGGGUGCCACUGGACCUGCUGGGCCUUCUGGACAAAGAGGACCACCUGGACCUGUUGGUCCUGCUGGAAAAGACGGGUCAAAUGGCUUACCAGGACCCAUCGGACCCCCUGGACCUCGUGGUCGUACUGGAGACUCUGGUCCCGCUGGUCCUCCUGGAAACCCUGGACCCCCUGGUCCUCCCGGUCCUCCCGGUCCUGGUAUUGACAUGUCUGCCUUCGCUGGUCUGGGUCAAACAGAAAAGUCUCCCGAUCCCCUGAGGUACAUGAGGGCAGACCAGGCCGCAGGGAAUCUCCGUCAACAUGACGCAGAGGUCGAUGCCACCCUCAAGUCCCUCAACAACCAGAUUGAGAACAUCCGCAGCCCAGAGGGAUCCAAGAAAAACCCUGCCCGCACCUGUAGAGACCUGAAGCUCUGCCAUCCCGACUGGAAGAGCGGUGAGUACUGGAUUGAUCCAAAUCAGGGCUGCACUGUAGAUGCAAUCAAAGUUUUCUGCAACAUGGAGACUGGGGAGUCCUGUGUGAACCCCAAACCUGCCAAGAUCCCACGCAAGAACUGGUGGUCCAGCAAGAGCAAAGAACGCAAACAUGUCUGGUUCGGAGAGGAAAUGAACGGAGGAUUCCAUUUCAGUUACGGUGACGACAGCCUGGCACCCAACACCGCCUCCAUUCAGAUGACUUUCCUGAGGUUGCUGUCAACAGAGGUUUCCCAAAAUCUCACUUACCACUGUAAGAACAGCGUGGCCUACCUGGAUGCUUCACUAGGCAACAUGAAGAAGGCCGUCCUGCUGCAAGGCUCCAACGAUGUGGAGAUCAGAGCCGAGGGCAACAGCCGCUUCACCUACAGCGUCAUGGAAGACGGCUGUGCGAGACACACAGGACAGUGGGGUAAGACAGUUUUCGAAUACAGGUCGCAGAAAACCUCCCGUCUGCCCAUCGUGGACAUUGCCCCCAUGGAUAUCGGUGGAGCAGACCAGGAGUUUGGAGUUGAUAUUGGGCCAGUUUGCUUCUUGUAAAGAAUGAGCAGCUGCGAAGAGGAGGAAGAAAAAGCGGCUGUUUGAAAAAAAAAAAAG